UGUGCUCAGCAAUAGGAAAUGCUUUAUGAGCCGAGAGCGGUGGAGCAGAGCCAGGCAGGAAGAGGCAGCGAGGAGGAACAGUUUUUGGUGACUUCUCCCACAUCCCGAACACAGAGCGUUCGCAGUGGGGCCGGGACGGGGCUGAGCCGUGUGGGGGGCGCAGAGGCGACCCUAUGAGGAUCUGUGGGGUGUGGGGUAACGGUGCCGGCAUCCCCGGCUGAGCGCGGCGUCGGGAUGCGGGAUCCGGAGCUGGGAAUCGUCCCCAGAUGCUGUAGGAAAAUGCCCCCCAGAGCCCACGCUGGGGCCGUGCUGGUGCUGCUGAGCCUCUCUUUCGGCCUCGCUGCAGGUGAGCUGCAAUGCGCGUGCGACGUUCCUCACUGUCCUGCGCCCACCUGCACCGGCACGGUGUGCUUCGUCAGCAAGAGGAAGGAGGCAGGGAGGGUCACCCAGCACAAAGGCUGCUUCUCGGAUCACCUGCUGGAGAACUGCCAGUCCUCCGUGAUGGAGCAUUUCGGCACCCGGUGCUGCAACGCCAGCAUGUGCAACGCCGAGCUGGAGAUCUACCUGCGAGGAGAAGAAGCCCUGGGACAGCCUCCUUCCCUCUCCAACCUCCUCCUGCUGAUCUUCAUCCCGCUGCUGACGCUCCUCGUCCUCGUGGCUCUCACCAUCCUCUUCCUCUGGAAGCUGGCCCAGCACCGCCGCAAGAGGCUGCUCCUCUUCAAGCACAGCGACCUGGGGGACACGGACCUGAUGCUGAAGGCAUCCAUGGUGGGAGACAGCACGCUGGAGGAUUUGCUGAACGAUGACUGCACCACGGGCAGUGGGUCAGGGCUGCCCUUCCUGGUCCAGCGCACGGUGGCCCGGCAGAUCUCCCUCGUGGAGUGCGUGGGCAAAGGGCGCUACGGCGAGGUGUGGCGAGGCGUUUGGCACGGGGAGAACGUGGCCGUCAAGAUCUUCUCCUCCCGGGAUGAGCAGUCGUGGUUCCGCGAGACCGAGAUCUACAACACCGUGCUGCUGCGGCACGACAACAUCCUGGGCUUCAUCGCCUCCGAUAUGACCUCGAGGAACUCCAGCACCCAGCUGUGGCUCAUCACCCACUACCACGAGAACGGCUCGCUCUACGACUACCUGCAGAGGACAACGCUGGAUGUGGAGACCUGCCUGGGCUUGGCAGCCUCCAUCAUCUGCGGCCUCGUCCACCUCCACGUGGAGAUCUUUGGCACGCAGGGCAAGCCUGCUAUCGCUCACCGUGACCUGAAGAGCAGGAACAUCCUGGUGAAGAGCAACCGGCAGUGCUGCAUCGCCGACCUGGGUGAGAGCGCGCUCCAUGGGGACGCACGGUGCCAGCCAUCCGUCUGUGCAUCCAUCCAGACAUCCCCACAUCCAUCCACUCCUCCAUCCAACCGUCCACCCGUCCCUACAUCCAUCCAUCCAUACGUUCAUCCCUCCCUCUGUCCAUUCAUCCAUCCAACUCUCCAUCCAUCCAACCCUACAUUCAACGCUACAUCCAUCCAACCUUAUAUCCAACCCUCCAUCCAUCCAUCCAUCCAAUCCUGCAUCCAACACUGCAUCCACCCAAUCCCACAUCCCUCCAUCCAUCCAUCCAACCCUACAACCAACCCUACAUCCAUCCAACCAAUCCUCCCUCCAGCCAUCCAUACAACUCUCCAUCCAUCCAACUCUACAUUCAUCCAACCUCACACCUCUCCAUCCAGCCCCCAUCCAACCCCCCAUCCCUCCAUCCAUCCCUCCAUCCAUCCAACCCUCCAUCCAACUCUCCACUCCUCCAUCCAUACAACCCUACAUUCAACCAUCCAUCCAUCCAUCCAUCCCUCCCUCCAUCCAUCCAACUCUCCACU